AUGGAUGAGAAAAAUCGACAAGCUGCCCUUUCCGGGAUAGCUACCACCAACUACUACGCGAAAGACGCGAGCCAUCAACCACGACACGACCGCACAAGGGCAGCCAUCAGCGUCCUCAAACCUGUAAUCGCAUGUGUAAUCCUAUUUGCUUGCUUUUACAUCAACAUAUGGACUUUUAUUACCGGGCCCACCUUGGAAUCAAUAGAAUCUACUCACUACGAUGAUUCAUCAUCAACGGUCGCAACACAAUGCCCAGCUCAAUAUGCCAUCGCACCUCAUGCAAGCCCCGACAUUACCAAACGCAAUAUCAAAAUUCUUUUUCCUUCAGCAGAAUUUCGCAAUUUAAGCGUCAGGCGACUCAGUGGCGCGGUUCAGAUCCCGACCGUCAGUUACGACGACAAUGGGCCCAUUGGGGAGGACCCGCGUUGGAAUGUAUUCUUUGAGUUGGAACGUUAUUUCCGCGACACAUUUCCUUUGCUACAUGAAAGCCUCGAGCAAGAAAUAGUGAAUGUUCAUGGGCUGGUUUAUACCUGGCACGGUUCAGAUCCUAGCUUGAAACCGAUCCUCCUUACAGGUCAUCAAGAUGUGGUACCGAUUCAACAAGAUACAUUAUCCGAUUGGAAGUAUCCUCCCUUUUCUGGCUACUUCGAUGGCACAUACAUCAAUGGCCGGGGUGCACAUGACUGUAAGAACAAUGUCGUCGGAAUCAUGGCCGCGAUUGAAGCCCUCAUAGAAGCAGGCUUCGAGCCUCGUCGUACAAUUGUGCUCGGUUUCGGAUUUGACGAAGAAUCCCCAACACUCAUGCUUGGUGCUUUUCAUAUUUCUCGCCAUUUAAAGCGUGUCUGGGGAGAUAAAUUUGGUGACUCUUUACCGUUUGCCUUGCUUCUUGACGAAGGUUUGAUUGGCAUCCAGAAGAAAUAUAACCGUACCUUUGGUAUUCCUCAAGCCUCGGAGAAGGGAAUGCUGGACGUCAAAUUCCGUGUUCAUGUGCCUGGUGGACACAGUUCAAAUCCUCCAGCACAUGGAUCAAUUGGGAUACUAUCUCAAGUCGUCUCAGCCUUGGAAGAUAGCUACAGGCCAAACUUUCCGUCUACUUUCACCUCGAACAACCCAUACUACUACCAGAUUCAUUGUGCUGCUGAAGAUAAUCAUGCAGAUAUGUCUUCUGUAUUGAGAGAUGCAAUUCUCAAUCAGGCCGGUCGUCCAGACGUUGACCAUCCAAAGUUGACCGAGCUUCUGGUGAAGGAGGACCCCGAGUCUGAUAUCUAUCUCCAUACAACCCAAGCAAUUACCGUCUUUAACUCGGGCAACAAAGCCAACGUGAUUCCAGAGAACGCUGAAAUGUUGGCAAAUUAUCGUAUAUCCAACGAAGAAAACAUCUCCAUAGUCCAGAAAAGGAUUGUAGAGACUGUCAGACCUCUAGUCGAAAAGUUCAAUUUGCGCUUGAUUGUGCGAGAGGAGGACGAUGAUGAUAAGGAGUUGCCGCUCAAUUCAUUCUCGAUCUCGUGGUGGCGGCGUAUCGAACCCUCUCCGGUAUCUAGCCACCGAUCUUCUCCUGUUUGGAACCACCUUGCUGGUGUGAUCAAACAUGUAUUUGACGAACCAGGAGACGGCAACGAUGUCAUUGUUGCCCCGACAAUGGCGGUAGGAAAUACAGAUACCAAAUAUUACUGGGAUCUGUCCGAACAGAUCUAUCGCUUUGGCCCGGUUCGAAUUUGGCACGAUGAAGGAUGGGGUAAUUUACAUUCAGUGAAUGAGCGGAUUGCUCUUGAUGCUCACAUGGAGGGCUUGACGUUUUACCACGAAUUGAUUCGUGUCUUUGAUGAGGCUGAUUUGGCACAUUAG